UAGCAACUGUCAAUGUCAAAUUCCUAGAAAACAUGGCAGAGGCCGCUUUUUCGGAGGACGGAAAAUAUUAUUCAAUAAUCACUCAAGACGGUAGAUUAAAAAUAUGGGAUACAGAAACCAAUAUCCUCAAACAGGAGUACACACCGGACCUGCAUUUAUCAUCACCACCGACCUGUUUACAAUGGAUAAGUGUCAGUCUUUCUGCGAGUCCACAAAAAGGGGCGCGCAGAAAAUCUGAAAGCGAAUCGGAACAAUAUUGCCUAGCAUUAGGAACGACUAGCGGGAAAAUACUUAUUUACUCAGUCAGUCAAGCUAAAUUGGAAACAGUUUUGAAUCAUAAAGAUAGCAAAGUGGCAAGUUUGGACUGGCAUAGAAAAUAUGGUCUUUUCAGUUGCACAGUAAACAAUUUUGUACAGGAAUGGAACUUACAGAGUGGGACGGUUAGCCAUAAAUAUAAUGUUAAAAUAGUUGGUACAAAUAAGGAAGCAAACAAAAUUAGUGCAAUAAGAAUAGUACCCCACAAUCAGGAGACUCCAUGGAAAUUCCUUAUCACUGCAUCAUUGCAAAUCCGACUGUGGCGUCUACACCACUCAAAUGCGGAGGUAGUCAAGUGCUUGGGUCACAACGCAGCACCGAGGGCGCUUCUAACAGUUGCCACCUUGAACAAGGCAUGCUGGCUGAUUGAAGGGUCACAAACCGAACGUCUUCUCUCAUUCUGGGAUGUGACGAUAACAGAAGACCAAUUACCACAGACCAAUCAACAGAACGGCGAUGAGGUCACCCCAAAAAAGAAACAGAGAAAGAAAUCUGUAUCUGCACCAGUCGCACCCGCACCAGCCUAUAACUUUGUUCUAGAAGAUGCGCCUAGGAUACUAGAUGUCAGUUUGAAAGAAGAGGAUGAUUCUACCAAGUUAUCUUUGGCUGCAGCUACUAGAAGUGGGGUUGUACAUUAUUAUGGACUCACUUUGAAUGGGGAAUCAACAAAACCCAUAAAGCCAACGUUAACAAUACAAGUAACAUCCGAGGAUGCCCAGCCCCUCCCACUGCAGUGUUGCAGACUGCCCACAAGUGGGGACCUAUUGCUGGGCUACACUAACGGAACUGCGCUUCUGUUCGAGAAAAUUAUCCCGGACUUGAAAACAAAGACUCAAGUGUUAAUACGUGGCAAUGCCAAACUGAAAGGCCCAAAGAGUAACAAGAAACAGACAGACUUGAGCACAGCGGAGAAAGAUGUUACAUAUGUGGAACCAAUGGGCGGAGUCAGCAGGAAGCGAGCCACGCCGGGCGGGAAAGUGGAAGUGUCAAUGCAGGCUCGCCUGGAGAACCUGACAGUGGACAUCAGCAGCCGCAGCCGCUCAGCCGUCAGCCACAACCUCACCAAGCUGCUCAUACAGGGACUGCACUCACACGAUAAGAAGUUAAUAUUACUAGUGUUACAAAAAGAUGACCCGGCGGUGGCUUCGAGCACAGUGUCACACUUACCCCCGGACUAUAUACCUGCCUUGAUAGAGCAGCUAGUGGAUAUGGCCCAACGCAAAACCAGUCAAUGUGCGUCUGUGUGUACGUGGCUGACUGCAAUUUUGAGGUUACACUCAGCUUUGCUGCUGGCGACUGUGCACUCCUCCACCAACGACCGCCUCUCACAGCUGCUUGCCAUAUUUACGCACAGGCGGUCACAUCUUUGUCAACUGUUAAACCUAAAGGGUCGUAUAGACCUCACGAUGUCGCAACGGGACGCGGCCAACGACAGUGUGGAUCAACAACCUGUUUUAGACUAUAAUGACUCGUCGUCAGACUCCGAGGCGGAGGUGGGAGUGUGUGCGUCGUCCGGCAGCGAGCACUCGUGGUCGGACGACGAGGCCGGCGCCGGCAGCGCGCACGGCGACUCGCACAGCGACAUGUCGGACGAAUGAUUCAAAUAUAUUACAUUUUAUUUA